CUGUGCUUUCCCCGCCUCCUUUGCUUUCCAAUCCCUUUUGACUUCCUUGUUGUGGACACUGCUUUGCCUUCCCUGGGAGUUUUGUUCUGUCCCCGUGUUUUCCUGCGAGUUCCUCCGGUCUGUCCCCUUUUCCCUCCGGGAGCUCAGCUCUCUCCAUUUUACCCCUAAGAGCUCAGCUCUUUCCCCCCGGCAAGCUCAGCUCUCUCCCCUUUUUCCCCUGAGAGCUCAGAUCUUUCCCCAUUUGUUCCUGGUAGCUCCGGUCUUCCCCCUUUCCCCUUUGGAGCUCCGAUCUCCCCCUUCCCCCAGCGAGCUCAGGGUUCUCCUCUUUUUCCCCUUGCACCUGAGAUCUCUCGGCAUUCCUGCACCCAGGCCUGUGCUUGCAGCUCCCAGGCCCCUCAAGGGUGGUAGCAGCAAGAACCCUGAGAAAAAGACCAGGUGCCAAAGGGAGGAACUUGAGAAAAAGGAGUCACUCUGGGUGUUUGCUACCUCCACAGGGAGCCUGGAGCCAGAGAGAAUGGGCCCUGGGAGCCUCGGACCUCCUCGGGAGGUUGUGACAUUCAAGGAUGUGGCUGUGGACUUCACCCAAGAGGAGUGGGGGCUCUUGGACCCCUCUCAGAAGGAGCUGUUCAAAGAAGUCAUGGUGGAGAACGCCUGGAAUCUGCUCUCCUUAGGGCUUCCAGUUCCCAGAGAAGAGGCGAUCUCUUAUUUUGAGCAAAGGGAAGCACUGUCGAUGCUGGAUCAAGAAGGCCUGCGGAGCUGCUCUCCAGGAGAGAUCAGACUUGAAAUGAAAGAAACUCCUGCAGCGCUAAGCCAUUCUGUGGUAGAAACUCCCAAGCAGUGGUUCAUGGGUGAUGGAUCCUGUUACUUUACUUGGACAAAAAGCUGUGCAACACAUGAGAAACUCCAGCUUAGAGAGAGACAUUGUGAAUGUACUGAAGGUGGAAAAGGUUUUAUAAAAAAGGAAAAUCUUAUUGUACAAUCGAGAAUCCACACAGGAGAGAAACCUUAUGAAUGCAACCAGGGUGGAAAAGCUUUUUCAAAUAGAGCAUUUCUUAGUUUACAUCAGAGAAUCCACACAGGACAGAAACUUUCUGAAUGUAACCAAUGUGGAAAGGCUUUUAGAAGCAAGAAAGAUCUUACUAGACAUCAGCUAAUACAUACUGGAGAGAAACCUUUUGAAUGUUACCAUUGUGGAAAAAGAUUUAGACAAAAGAGUGAUCUUGUUAGACAUCAGAGAAUCCACACUGGAGAGAAACUUUCUGAAUGUAACCAAUGUGGAAAGGCUUUUAGAAGCAAGAGAGAUCUUACUAGACAUCAGAUAAUGCAUACUGGAGAGAAACCUUGUGAAUGUAACCAGUGUGGAAAGGCUUUUACAGAAAACAGAGCUCUUAUUAGACAUCAAAAAAUCCAUAAUGGAGAGAAACCUUACGCAUGUUACCAGUGUGGAAAGGCCUUUCAAUACAAGAGCGUUCUUAUUGUACAUGAGAGAAUCCACACUGGAGAGAAACCUUAUGAAUGUAAUCAAUGUGGAAAGGGUUUUAGAGACAAGAGACCUCUAACUAGACAUCAGAGAAUCCACACUGGAGAGAAACCUUAUGAAUGUAACCAAUGUGGAAAGGCUUUUAAAGAAAAUGGAAUUCUUAUUAGCCAUCAGAGAAUCCACACUGGAGAGAAACCCUAUGAAUGUAACCAUUGUGGAAAGGCCUUUAGAGACAAGAGAGCUCUUAAUGGACAUGAGAGAAUCCACACUGGAGAAAAACCUUAUAAAUGUAACCAAUGUGGAACGACAUUUAGAGACAUGAGAGCUCUUAUUGUACAUCACAGAAUCCACACUGGAGAGAAACCUUAUGAAUGUAAUCAAUGUGGAAAGGCUUUUAGAAGCAAGCGAGCUCUUACUAUACAUCAGAGCACCCACACUGAAGAGAAACCUUAUGGAUGUAACCAGUGUGGAAAAAGUUUAAAAAAAAAGGAAUCUCUUAUUUUACAUCAGAGAAUCCACACUGGAGAGAAACCUUAUGAAUGUAAACAGUGUGAAAAAGGUUUUAGAAAAAAGGAAUCUCUUAUUUUACAUCAGAGAACCCACACUGGAGAAAAGCCUUAUGAAUGUAACCAGUGUGGAAAGGCUUUUAAAGAAAAUGGAACUCUUAUUAAACAUCGGAGUAUCCACACUGGAGAGAAACCUUAUGAAUGUAAACAGUGUGGAAAGGCUUUUAGAAGCAAGGGAUGUCUCAUUGGUCAUCAGAGAACCCACACUGGAGAGAAACCUUAUAAAUGUAAUCAAUGUGGAAAGGCUUUUAGGGAAAAAAGAGAUCUUAUUGUACAUCAGAGAAUUCACACCGGGGAGAAACCUUAUCAAUGUAACCAAUGUGGAAAGGCCUUUAGAAGCAAGGGAGAUCUUAUUGUACAUCAGAGAAUCCAUACUGGAGAGAAACCUUAUGAAUGUAACCAAUGUGGAAAGGCUCUUCGAGACAAGAGAGCUCUUACUGUACAUGAGAGAAUCCACACUGGAGAGAAACCUUAUAAAUGUAACCAAUGUGUAAAGGCCUUUAGAGACAAGAAAGGUCUUACUGUACAUCAGAAAAUUCACACUGGAGAGAAACCUUAUGCAUGUAACCAGUGUGGAAAAGGUUUAAGAAAAAAGGAAUCUCUUAUUUUACAUCAGAGAAUCCACACUGGAGAGCAGGCUUAGGGUUGUAACCAAUGUGGAAAGGCUUUUAGACAUAAAUCUAGUCUUACUGACCCUGAGUGUACCCCCCACUAAAGAGAAACUUUAUGUCUGUAAUCAAUGCUGGAAAGCUUCUGCAAAUAGAGGAUUUCUUACUAGAUAUCAAAGAACCCAAACAGGACAGAAACCACCUCAAUGUAACCAAUGUGGAAAGGCUUUUGGGGGAAACCUGGGAUGCUAAUGUAUUAUUGGUGGAGUUGUGAACG